AUGAUGUUGCUGUGGUACGAGGAAGGCUUCAGAGUCAUCAUUCUCACCUCCAACCUCAUCAGAGCUGACUGGUACCAGAAGACACAAGGGAUGUGGAUGAGCCCUCUGUUUCCACGGUUACCAGAAGGGAGCAGUUCGAGUGCAGGUGAGUCGCCCACCUUCUUUAAGCAGGACUUGCUGGACUAUCUGGCAUCGUACCGUGCGCUAGAACUUGAAGAGUGGAUCCAACGGAUCAAAGAGCACGACCUGUCAGAGACGAGAGUUUAUUUGGUCGCUUCGACUCCAGGGAGGUACGUGGGUUCAGACAUGGAGCACUGGGGUCACCUGAAGCUGAGAAAGCUGUUGUAUGAGCACACUAGUCCAAUUCCUGGUGAUGAACGGUGGCCCGUGAUUGGCCAGUUCUCCAGCAUUGGAUCUAUGGGAGCAGAUAAGAGCAAAUGGUUGGCCGCGGAGUUUCAGCGCACUCUGACCACACUUGGGAAAUCCCUUCUUCGCCCAGAUCCACCCUUGCACUUGCUGUACCCAUCAGUGGAAGACGUGAGACUGAGUUUAGAAGGCUACCCAGCUGGGGGCUCUCUUCCUUACAGCAUCCAGACAGCUCAGAAACAGCUCUGGCUCCACUCCUACUUCUAUCGCUGGAAAGCAAAUUGCACAGGGAGGAGUCACGCCAUGCCACACAUCAAAACAUACAUGAGGGUCUCACCGGAUUUCACACAGCUCGCCUGGUUCCUUGUCACAAGUGCCAACCUGUCGAAAGCAGCGUGGGGAGCGCUGGAGAAGAAUAACACUCAGGUGAUGGUGCGUUCGUACGAGCUGGGAGUCCUCUACGUGCCAUCAGCUUUUAACAUGAAGACGUUCCCUGUUGAUAAAAAUCCAUUUCCCGUCUCUUCAUCCACCUCUGGUUUCCCGGUGCCCUUUGACCUCCCUCCUUCAAGCUAUUCUUCAAAAGAUCAGCCGUGGAUCUGGAACAUCCCGUACAGCCAGGAACCAGACACACAUGGCAACAUCUGGGUUCCCUCUUGA